AUGUCUGCUGCUACGGUUGGUAAGCCUAUCAAAUGUAUUGCUGCUGUGGCGUAUGAUGCGAAGAAACCAUCAAGCGUUGAAGAAAUCACUGUAGACGCACCAAAGGCGCAUGAGGUACGCAUUAAAAUAGAAUAUACUGCUGUGUGUCACACUGAUGCGUACACUUUAUCAGGUUCUGAUCCGGAAGGACUUUUUCCUUGUAUUUUGGGUCACGAAGGUGCCGGUAUUGUAGAAUCGGUAGGUGAUGGUGUUGUCACAGUCAAGCCCGGCGAUCACGUUAUUGCCUUGUACACCGCUGAGUGUGGCAAAUGUAAAUUCUGUACUUCUGGUAAAACCAACCUGUGUAGCGCCGUCAGAGCUACCCAAGGGAAAGGUGUAAUGCCUGAUGGAACCACGAGGUUUCAUAAUGCUAAAGGCAAGGAUAUUUACCACUUCAUGGGUUGUUCCACUUUUUCUGAAUAUACUGUAGUAGCUGAUGUUUCCGUAGUAGCUAUUGAUCCAAAAGCUCCUUUGGAUGCUUCCUGUUUACUAGGUUGCGGUGUUACUACGGGUUAUGGUGCCGCUGUUAAGACAGCCAAUGUGCAGAAGGGUGACACCGUUGCCGUAUUUGGUUGUGGCACCGUAGGACUUUCCGUCAUCCAAGGUGCAAAGUUAAGAGGUGCUUCCAAGAUUAUUGCUGUGGACAUAAACAAUAAUAAGAAGAAGUAUUGUUCUCAAUUUGGUGCUACAGAUUUUAUCAAUCCUAAGGAAGAUUUGGCUAAAGAUCAAACUAUUGUCGAAAAGUUAGUUGAAAUGACUGAUGGUGGCUUAGAUUUUACUUUUGACUGUACUGGUAAUACUAAAAUAAUGAGAGAUGCUCUGGAAGCUUGCCAUAAAGGCUGGGGUCAAUCUAUUAUCAUUGGCGUGGCCGCUGCUGGGGAAGAAAUUUCCACUAGACCAUUUCAAUUAGUGACUGGUAGAGUAUGGAAGGGGUCUGCGUUUGGUGGCAUAAAAGGUAGAUCUGAGAUGGGCGGUUUAAUUAAAGAUUACCAAAGCGGGGUCUUAAAAGUUGAAGAAUUUAUCACUCACAGAAGACCUUUUAAAGAAAUCAAUCAUGCCUUUGAAGAUUUACACAACGGUGAUUGCUUAAGAACCGUCUUGAAGUUUGAUGAAACGAAAUAA